ACAGUUUGAAGUGUGUUUACGUAACGUCAGAAAUAUCACGUGGCAGACCGCGGGGAAGCUCAUAUAACAACGUGACGAAGUACGCACUACUGUCACUGAAGACUAGCCGCGGGAGAAGCACACAGCGUAACGAAUUUCCAAGAUGGCGGAACACAGCCAGUUGCGUGUUUUCUUGAUAAUCAUGACUUUGAUUGUGUACAUUGUCAUGGUGGUCUUCAAUUCUCUUGCCGGAUCUGUCGGACAGAAGAUAGGUUUAUUUAAGAAUACUACUGGUGAUAUAUCCGAUGUGUACAACCUCCAGAUCACACCAGCGGGCUGGACGUUCAGUAUCUGGGGCGUUAUCUACGCCUGGCAGGCCCUUUGGCUCAUCUACGCCCUCACCACCAUCUGUCGUAAAACUAAAUCUGGAACCUACAUCUACAUGCUUCCAGUUCUUCCUCCUGUUAUGUAUAUUCUAUACAUUAUAAACAACAUUGCAAACGUAGCCUGGUUGUUCGUGUGGGAUAGUCAGGAAAUAAUAUGGUCACUGAUUGUCAUCGCCAUUACCCCAAUCACACUCUAUGUGGCGUUGUUCUUCUCCUUCCGGAGACUGUACCAUAAUCUUGGGAAAUUGAAUAAGGAGAAUGCCGUCAAAGACAUCUGGCUCAUCCGCUUUUUGGUACAAAAUGGCAUGGCUUUUUAUGCAACCUGGGUUACCAUAGCUACUUUACUUAACGUUGCCAUGGUGAUGACAUACAAAGGAGGCAUCUCAAACGAAGAUUCCUGCACAGUCGUUCUAGGUAUAUUGUCCGCCAUCAUAGCCACAUGGGUCGUCCUGGAGAACACAAUUUGGGACCAUUACGUUCGGUACACCUUUAGUCCCUACAUUACUCUUACUGCCGCACUUGGUGGUGUGGUUUCGAAGAACUAUGAUCUGGACAUUCGUGAAAGGAAUUCUCUAUUUUCAUUGGCACUUCCUCAUUAUAGCAGGUGUGCUACUGAUAACCAAAAUAAUUAUAAUGCUUGUACGUCACUUCCGCUAUCCAAUUUCCCCCAAAAUUGAAUAUGAACCAACCAUUUGAAUCUUCGAAUCUAUACACUGAAUCCAAUAUAGGUACGUUAAAACUUCAACUGGUGCUAUUGUUACAUGUAUUUGUAUCGAUAAUGUCUCAUCAAGUUAUUUAAAUAGACCAUUUCUACUCAUAGUGAGGAAGUCUUCAGAGGCUUGUUCAAAACAAAGGGGUCCAUUUUUUUUUUUAUAUUUAUUUCACUUUAAAAUAAGGAGCUGUGUUACCUAUAAUAUCAAUGGGUCAUAUUGGUCAUGCUUUCCUUUGGGGAGUACUGAGCCUCCUAAAAUCGCCCUGUGAUCAGAUGCUAGUCUGUCUGGUUCAUAUUUCAUCUAUUAGGACAUUUACAAUGUUUCUGCUGUGUUGUAUGAUUUAACUGUCUUCUAUUAACGUGGUUGCGACUGUCUCCCUUGUAUAUAUUCAAUUAGCCGUCAUGGACAAAUUUCUGUUAUCCACUGAUGUGAUAUAUAAUAAUAUUUUGUAUGCUUAUAUUGCAUUAGUGCAUUUUGUAAUAAAUCUAUCCACGUAAAA